CUUCUUCUUCUUUUCGGUUUAUGAAGUUUUUGUAAAUGUGUGUGUGUUCAUAUUUUCUACUGUAAAAUAUUUUUUCCUUUUUUAUUUUUAUUUUAAACCAAGUAGAAAAAAUCCAUAAAUUUCAACAAUUAAGAAACCACCUACAAGUGCCUCAACAACCAUAACACGGGAAACUGUAAAUGGUUUAAGAAGAAAAGCUCAAACAAACAACAAAAUUAUCGAAGAAAAGAAAAUCUCCAGUGAAUUGUGAACAGAAAAUGUCGAAAAAUAAGUUUCACACAUUACCAAAUGUAGCAACAAAUAUAAUUGAAGUGAAAUCAAAGUUUGAUGCCGAAUUCCGACGAUUUGGUCUAAAACGCAGCGAUGAACCGCCAAGUUUUGACAGUUUUAACAGUCUGCUAUGCCAGUUGCAUGGCCUAACGAAUAUAAAAUUUGUCAUACAAUAUAUCGAUCCACGUGAUCAAGGACUACUGCCCAUAAAUAACGAUGACAAUUUUGCACGUGCCUUGAAGACCGCCCAACCCAUACUACGAAUAAUUGUACAACGCGAAGAAGAUCUAGAGUAUAGUAAUAAUGGCCGACGGCCAGCAUUCAGUAUCAGUCACAUAUUGGGACAAACACCGGGCAGACCGAGAGCCCCACCCAUAUCAAUGCCACACGAUUUUCGACAAGUAUCGCAAAUUAUCGAUGUACACAUUGUGCCGGAAACACAUCGAAGGGUACGUCUACUGAAGCAUGGAAGUGACAAACCUUUGGGUUUCUAUAUACGUGAUGGUACAUCGGUGCGUGUAACACCGAACGGUUUGGAGAAACAACCGGGUAUAUUUAUAUCACGUCUGGUGCCGGGCGGUUUGGCUGAAAGUACUGGUCUGCUGGCCGUUAAUGAUGAAGUUAUUGAAGUGAAUGGUAUUGAAGUUGCGGGAAAAACGCUAGAUCAGGUUACUGACAUGAUGGUGGCCAAUAGCUCAAAUCUAAUCAUCACCUUCAAGCCGGCCAAUCAAAGGACACUAACAUCGCCACGCCGCGGUUCCUUCUCGCGAACUAGUCAAUUAUCGAGCGGUUCUCAUCACACCAAUCAUACAAACACAUCCGACGAAUUGGAUCAAGACGAUCAAGAUGAGGUUGUGGAUAUGACAGGUAUAACGUUAGACGACCAACCCACACAUCCACAUCAAUUAACCGCCGGUGGCGCUGCAUCCGGCGGGGCACCAAUUGUCGAGUCCAGAGACGGGGUUCUACACCUUUGAGAGGUCUAUAUACUUGUAAUGUUAGCUACAAAAAACGAAAACAAAAGCAAAGACAGAACAAUUUUGUGUAUUGUAUGGGAACCAAGUUUUUUUGCUUGACAAUUUAACUGCAACUGUUUGACGUAUCUCCUUUACAAUUAUUAUCAUUAGUAUCACCUACUGCUGCUGCUCUAUGAUUUUGGCAUGCAACAACAAAUAAUGAUUAAGACUAUCUACUAUCAGUACUGUUGAAAUUUUCCGUCCGUUAAAUGCUUUGGCCAUGAACUGAUGCAAAAACAAACUCUAUUACGGCCGUUACUUAAAAAAAAAAAAACAAAAACAAAAGAAACGAAAAAGACAUUGAUGAAACAAAUCAAAACUCAAUUCAAUUCAAACCAUUCCAUUACCUUUCGAUGCCCUUAAAAUAUAUUACCUAUAUAAAAAAGAAUACUUGACAAUCGUGUUAAUAGCACUUUAAAUAAACAAAUGUUAAUAAAACAUAUCUACAAUUUUUGUCUCUGUAUAUGAAAAUGCGAAGCUUUCAAAAAAGCUUGCAAUUUCAAAAAGUAAUUCACAAUUUCCGGUCAACACCCAUUCAUUGACCAUAUUGACCGAAACGACAUUAAGUUAGCAAUCAAAUGUCCAAACGCUCACUCGCCCGCCCGCCCGUUCGCCUUCAUUACAAAAUACAAAGAAAUGUAUAAACAUACGUAAACCCACACCCCCACCUCCUUCCGCUUACCUAUUUAAUUGUUUUUAGUUUUUUUCUUUUAAUUGUACGUCAUUCAUAUAAGAGAUCGAUCAAUUGUCACACAAAAAUCGGUAUUUGUUUGUAUUUUAUUAUACAUUAUUAUACACAUAAAAUAUACUUUUAACUAUUA